AUGCUGUUUAUCAUUGGUCUUCUGUUUUUGGUAACCUGUCAUGGUGAAAAAUCAUUGAAAAUUGAUAUUUAUCCAGGUUUUGGAUGGGAUCAUUUACGAUUUCUUGAUAUGAGUCCAGUGUUCAAUAUUUCAAAUUUCAACGACUCCGAUAUUUUUCAAUCCUGUGUUGAAAUGAUUCCAUUGCAUGAGAACAAAAUUGAAAUGGGUUCUACGUUUUUGAAUACGUUUGAUUCACAGAAAAAUGACUAUUCAUCGACUUUGAUGAUUGGCGCUAGUGCUGGAUUUGGUGGUUUUAAAAUUGGCGGUUCGUAUUCGAAUGAAUAUCAGAGAAUCAAAGCAGAGCAAAAGGAACUGAAAUCGAUUACACUACAUAAUCAAAUCGAUUAUCUCAUGGUGGACACCAUUAUUUUGCCAUCUUGUCCAUUGGCAACUCAUGUCAAAAAAGAGCUCAUUCAAAUAGCCCAAUAUGCAAUGACUGGUCAGCCAUUGAUGGCUACAUAUGCCGCCGAACUCUUUGUUAAGAAGUACGGUACACAUUAUACCAGUAGACUCUACUUGGGUGGCUCAAUUAGUGAAGACGAUUUCAUAUCAGAAUCUGAAUAUUUAUCAACUGAAACGAAUAAAAAACUUUACAAGGCAGCAGCCGAAGCAUCAUUUCUUGGCUCAUUCAGUCUGUCAGCAAGUUUUAGUUCAAGUUCAUCGUUGAAUCAAAAUGACAUCAACCGAUUUAAACAACAAAUACAACGAAAAAUUAUCAAUGCGAAAGGUGGUGAUGUAUUUAUUUUGGGUAAUCAAAUGAGUGUUUGGCAAUCAUCAGUUAAAACUAAACCAGCAAUUAUUCGACGCGCGAUUGAAAAUAUAACCUCUAUUAUUCAAUCGGAGAAAAUCCCUGAAUUGUCUUUUGCAGGUUUGAUUGAAGUUCAGAAAAAAAUUAAUGAUGCAAUUGAAACUUACAUUGAAAUGAAUACUAUUCGCGGAUGUAUGAACCGCCUUUCACCAUCGUUUAAUUGGGUGGCUAAUGUUGAUGAUGGUUUAUGUGCACCAGCCUCAUUAAAAUUCCAAUUUGGCGGCUUUAUCCAGACUUGUGUCGAAGAUAGUCGCUUGGAGCAGUAA